UUGAAACUUAAAAAAUGGCGAAGACGGACCCAAACAGAUCCUUGAAAGAAAAGCUCCAGGACCACUACAACAGUCGGAAUUUCCAAGCCAAGGACUCCACCAUAACCCGUUUCGCCGUGUCCUUCGUGUGGGUCAACACACUGACCCUGGUGCUCGAGGGUCUGCUCGUGCUCAUCCCCUCCCACCACCUCGUCCAGGACGGGCGGGCGUGCUCCAACAGCAGCUGCACCAGCUACAGGUGCGCUCAGGCGGUCACCCUCUGGCUGUUUGCUCAAACUGCCUGGCACUGGUUUUGUCUGAGGGACGGGAGCCGUAAUGUGGUGACUCGGGGCGUCAGUGGGAGUCAUAAGCACGUCGUUAAAACAGAUUGGAAGUGGUGCUCACGUUGUAACCAAGACGCCCCGCCCCGGUCCCACCACUGCACCCUGUGUGAGCACUGCGUGCUGAGACGGGACCACCACUGCUAUUUCUCCGGGUCCUGUGUCGGCCAUUACAACCAGAGGCACUUUGUUCUGUUUCUCCUCUACGUCAUCUGCGCCUGUAGCUACGCUGUCUACAUGCAGAGUAGUUAUUUGAGCAAGCAGGAGAACCUGACCUAUUUCAUCCCCCUGGUGGCCAUGUGGAAGACGGUCACCGGACAGGCACCCAAGCUUUACUUCUGCAUCCUGGUCCACAUGUACCUCAGCACCGUCUCGCUGUUCGCCUCCGUGGGGUUCAUCAGCUGCCAGACGUACAUCAUACUCAAAGGGCAGACGUCUUACGAGGCAUCCAGAGGGAUAACACUCUACCAAAAGCGAACUGUGUACGACAAUUUCAAGACCGUUUUCGGAACGCCGUUGCAGUUUGUGCUAACGUUGUUCCUGCCUGUGAGACCGCAUCUCGCAGACGACUAAACAGACGAGAGUGUUUAUGUUUAAGUUUCAGCUUUAAUUGAUGACAGGCGUGUUUGUUUUUAUACCGAGAUGGGUUAAG